AUGGAGGAGGUGGCCUCGCCGAGCAACGCUUCUGCCGCGCCCGGCAAUGGAAGCGCGGGGAGCGGGCCGGGGACGGCGCCCCCGGACCUCGUGGAAGAGGCGCGGUGGGGCUGGUCGGGGGCAGCGCUGGCCUCGCAGGGCCUGUUGCUGCUCGCCAUCUUUGCGCUUUCUACGCUGGGCAACGGCGCCGUGGUGGUCAUCAUCGCCCGGCACCGGCAGCUCCGGACAGUCACCAACGCCUUCGUGCUGUCGCUGUCGCUCGCCGAACUCCUGGACGCCCUUCUGUGCCUGCCCUUGGCCUUCGUCAGCCUUCUCAACGGGCGCCCACACGGGGCCUGGCUCUUCGGGCGCCGCCUCUGCUUGGCCAGCGCCACCCUUCACGCUGGCUUGGGCAUCGCUGCCACCCUGACCAUGGCCCUGCUCUCCUUUGACCGCUACUGUGCCAUUGUCCGCCAGCCGCUGCAUAAAAUGGGCCGCCGGAGGGCCACGCAGCUCCUGGUUGCUGUGUGGUUGGCUGCCCUGGGCUUCUCAGGGCCUUGGUACCUGCUGGCCCAGGAGGAGGAGGAAGAGGAGGAGCAGUCUGUCGGGCCAGGCCCCCCUGCUUCCUACCAUUGCAUGUAUGUGCUGCCUUGGGGCUCUUCCCAUUUGGGUCCCCCUUAUAGUGCAACCUUGAUUGUCCUCUGCUACUUGCUGCCCUUCGCCCUCAUGUGCUUCUGCCACUACAACAUCUGCCGGGCAGUGAGGCUGACCGAGAGCAGGGUGCGCCCACUCACCACCUAUGGGCACCUCCUGCGUUUCUAUGGCGAGAUGCGCACAGCCACUACCGUUCUGAUUAUGAUCGUCUCUAUCAUCUGCUGCUGGGGCCCCUAUUGUAUAUUAGGCUUGGCUGCUGCAACGGGACGCUUCUCCUUUUCCCCCGCCAUAGACACUGUGGCAAGCUGGAUGGCCUGGGCGAAUGGCGCCAUCAACCCCCUCAUCUAUGCCACCCGCAACCCUAACAUUUCUCUUCUUCUUGGGCGCAGUCGGGAAGGGGGCUAUCGGGCUCAAAAACCUGUGGCUGCCUACUUGGCGUCUGCUCAGGGUCAGCGGCUGGAGAGCAAGAACCGGGCAGAACGCUAUGCCAGUUAUGGGCAUGGCAGUGGGGGCAAUGUAAGGAAUAACCUGACCUGCUCCAGUCCAGGCACUGGUAGAGAAGUGGCUAUGUGGGCUUUUAAGAACCCAGCUGUGCUUUUCUGCCGUGAUGCGCAACCUGGUUCAGCAUCUAAAGUGGGCUUGCCACACAAAUCAGGCAGCGUUGAUACUUGCCUCUGA